AUGUACUGCCUAAUAUGCUUAUUACUAAUGGGACAAAUAUGGCUUGGCUACAGCCAAGACUGCCAGAACCUACACCGCGUAAAUCGAAUACCAUUAACAAUCGGCGUUUUUUUACCAUACCAGUACAAACAGGUGCUGGAAUCUGCUGUUAAUACCGCCCUGGAACAUAUUCAUAAUCAGUCCUGUAUUCUCAAUAACUACUAUUUGAAAUUGCAUUUCAAGGAUACUGAGUGUAAAACGUCAUUCGGGAUGAAAGCACUGUUCGAACUGAUGAACGGACAUCCACGACCUUUUGCGCUUUUCGGCGAUGCUUGCACGAAUGUAAACGAAGUUGUUGCUAUGGCGUCAAAAUAUUGGCAUAUUUUACAUUUGUCGUAUGCUGAAAUACAUGCAAAAUUUGCUACGGCGGAUGCUCAAGAAAUGUAUCCAACAUUUUUUCGUAUGGUACCAGGAUAUCAGAAUUCAAAUUUAGCACGAUGCCAUCUCAUUUUUCAAUUCAAUUGGACUCGUGUUGGCACAUUGAAACAAAGCGAUGAUCCGCGUUUUGCAUUGCCACAUGAAUCAUUAACAACACGAUUAGAGCAUGGGUUUGGUAUUCGAGUGAUAUAUACCGCUGGAAUUACACAUGAUGAAAUUCAAAAUAUCGGUUAUGAACUUAAUGAAUUGAAGAAACGUGACGUUCGAAUUCUCAUCGGUGAUUUUGAGGAAUCACUAGCUGUACGAAUAUUGUGUGAAGCUUAUCAAAAUGGUAUUUAUGGUGAAAAUUACGCCUGGAUAUUACCUGGUUAUCAUAAAAGUAAAUUUUUGAUCAGCUGUGAUUUAGCUAAAGAUCAACGUAGACCAUCAACACGUCCCAUCCACAUAUGUGAUUGGUGGCGUAAUGCAUCUGGAGUUAGUUGUACAGUUGAAGAGCUCGCGCAAGUAAUUGAAGGUCACUUUGCAGUGGAAUUUUCACCCUAUUCACAAAGGCUUGCUCGACUUACCAUUGCCAAUAAAGUAAAGGAAUUAAUUGAUGAAAUGAUUAUUCAGACAGUGUCAGCAAUUCGAACAGAGCUUAAUGCUAGACAAGAAUCAUCACCGGAAAGUGUCUUCAAAGGAUACGUAUAUGAUGGUCUCUGGACACUUGCUUUAGCUAUUGAACAUGUAGCGCAGCUUCAUCAACAACGAGAUGGAAUCACUUGGAUACCAAACGUGAACGAUACAGAAGAUUGGGCUAAACUCAGUGCUGAGUUACUGCAAGCUGUCAGUAAUACCUCAUUCGUUGGCGUCACUGGACCAGUUCGAUUUGAAAAUAACGAACGACUUGGAUUAGUUGAAAUUUUACAAUGGAGAAACGGAUCGUAUAUAAUUGCUGGCAUAUAUGACGGUACAGAAACUGUUCUCACACUCAAUCCUGCUCUUAAAGAUUGGAUACCACCGUUGGAUGCAACAGUUGUUGUGCAUGAACGUCAAUAUAUAUCAUUCGUGUUAUUCAUCCUGCUAUCAUUACUUGCUAUCAUUGGUGUAGCAAUAGCAGUUUUCUUUCUUAUCGUUAAUAUAAAAUAUCAAAAUCAUCGAUAUAUCAAAAUGUCAUCACCAAAUAUAAACAAUUUAAUCAUAGCAGGUUCCAUUUGUACCUAUAUUAGUGUAAUUCUGCUUGGCUUCGAUACACGUUUUGUUUCACCGGAUACUUUCGUUACACUAUGUUAUGUAAAAACAUGGGUUCUAAGCCUCGGUUUCACACUAGCAUUUGGAUCGAUGUUUUCAAAGACUUGGAGAGUUCAUUCGAUCUUUAAAAAUAUUCGAAUGAACAAGAAAGCAAUCAAAGAUUAUAAAUUAUUCAUGCUGAUCGGCUUCAUUGUUCUCGUUGAUUUGAUUUCAUUAGCCUUAUGGGCUCGUAUUUCACCUUUCACCUUUCAUGUCUAUCAAUUAGCAAUAUUUUAUUCAAAUAACAGGAUGAUAGCACCAGAAAUAGAACGUUGUCGAAGUGAUAAUAGCGUCAUUUUUGAAGCUAUUAUAUUGGGUAUCAAAGGCCUUCUUAUGCUACUUGGCUGUUUUUUGGCUUGGGAAACGAGACAAGUAAAUGUUCCUGCAUUAAAUGAUAGUAAAUAUAUAGGAAUGUCUGUUUAUAGUGUUGUUGUGACAUGCUUACUUGGCUUACCGCUCGUAUACAUAUUACAGGAUCGGGUGAAUGAAGCACAUAUAUUGGGAAGUCUUUUUAUUAUAUUUUGUACAACUUUAAUUCUCUGCCUCGUUUUUGUUCCAAAGAUUGUGGAACUUCUUCGAAAUCCUAAAGGCACUGAGUUACGUUAUCGACGUGGUUUAGUGAAAUCUAUGCUUGGUCGGGAAUUACAACAAACUGCGCAGAAUAAUGACCAAACAAAUGUCUUUAGGCGAGAGAACCUGCAACGUUUAGAGGAAGAGAAUAUAUUAUUACAUCGGUAUUUACUUCAGAAGACUAGUCUACUAUGGGAAUUACAAAAGCAAUUGAAACAGCUUGGAGAGUUGGAAGAUGACACAACUACGCCAAGUAAUGACGGUUAA